UCACCAGGAGUUUUACAUGCUGCACAGCUUCAAUCUACUAUCAAUCUACUAUAAACACAGAGGUGCACUGGAGAGGAAACUGAGCUUCACUCUCUGAAUAAGAAAUGGAUGUGGAGCACGGAUUCUAUCGGCAGGUGGAUGUUCAUGACCACGCUCACUACAUCGUUGCCUUCUUUGUUUUGGUGAUCGGAACAGUAGGUGUUACUGGGAACACCUUGGUCAUCUAUGCUUUUUUCUGCAACAAGAAGCUACGAACUCCGCCCAACUACUUCAUUGUGAACCUGGCAGUCAGUGACUUCCUCAUGGCAAUUACACAGUCUCCCAUCUUCUUUGUUAACUCCCUUUACAAGGGAUGGAUUUUUGGUGAAACAGGCUGUAAAAUGUACGCCUUCUGUGGAGCUUUAUUUGGAAUCACUUCCAUGAUCAACCUUCUAGCCAUCUCUAUUGACCGAUACGUUGUCAUCACCAAGCCUCUGCAGGCUAUACAGUGGACGUCCAAGAGACGCACCUGCCUCAUUAUCACACUGGUCUGGCUGUACUCACUAGCCUGGAGCCUUGCACCACUAUUGGGAUGGAGUUCGUACAUACCAGAGGGCCUGAUGACUUCAUGCACAUGGGACUAUGUGACAUCUACUCCUGCCAAUAAAAGUUACACUUUGAUGUUAUGCUGCUUUGUAUUCUUCAUUCCUCUGGGCAUUAUAUCCUACUGUUAUCUGUGCAUGUUCCUGGCGAUCCGCCAUGCAAGCAGAGAUGUGGUGAAGUUGGGGUCUCAGGUGAGGAAGUCGAGCCUGAUCCAGCAGCAGUCCAUUGCUACUGAAUGGAAGCUGGCCAAGAUCGCCUUCGUGGUUAUCAUAGUGUUUGUGCUUUCCUGGUCGCCCUAUGCAUGCGUCACCCUCAUCGCCUGGGCUGGAUAUGGAAGCAUCCUCAACCCUUAUUCCAAAGCAGUCCCUGCAGUUAUAGCAAAGGCUUCGGCCAUCUACAAUCCCUUUAUCUACGCCAUCAUUCACUCGAAAUAUAGGGACACCCUGGCAGAAAAGGUUCCCUGUUUACACUUCCUAUCCCAGGCAUCCAGGAGGGACUGCAUGUCAGUGUCACACAGCGACUCCUCCUUCAGGGACUCAGUGCUGAGCAGACAGUCAUCAGUCUCCAAAGCCAACUUUCACAGAGUUUCCUCCAUGUCUACAACAGACACACAGCUGUGGAGUGAUGUGGAGCUGGACCCUAUCGACCAUCGUCUGAGAUCCAGCUAUUCCCUUGGAGGUCUGAGGGACAAAGAGUACAACUCAUUGGCUAAACAAACAAAUAAAAUGGGAAGCCAAAGUCAGGAACAGACUUCCAUCCCAGAGCGAGGCCCAAUGAAAAGAUGUGACCACAACAUAUCGCCUGAGUCUUUUCACACAAUAAUGAGGAGAGAGGAGGAGAAUCCUCAAACUUGGAAAAAAGAAAAGCAAGAAUACAAACAAGAAAGAGAGAGUGAACAGAAAGAGGAACAGCAUGUACAGAAGGAGAUAGAAGAGAAAGAGGUCCUCAUUCAGCCAGACACUCUGGAAAAUAUUGUAUGUCUGCACACCGAUGCAAUCAUCACACCUGGCUCAACAAAAAGCCCUGUGAACCACCGUUAUUGUGAGGAACAACAAAGCACACAAAACAUAAAGAAAGAUCUGCUGCUCAAUUUACAGUCUUUGGACAGUUUUGAUCAACUAUCCGAGUCUGUUCCAGGAAGCUAAAUGUUAAAUCUGUUUAUUUAUCUAUGUGGUUAUGUGUUUACUGUGACACAUGGGAGCAGACAAGUUUGCUGAGAUCAUUUAAAGCAGCUGCUCAACUGUUUCACCAUGCAGUGCAACUAAACUACGCACAAAAAGUAUGGAAAUUAGUG